GCGGCCGCAUGGGAAGUUCGCAGCCACUCCGACGGACGCAGAGCAGGCGGAAACCCCCCGGGGGCGGCCGGGCGAGCGGGCACGACGAUACCCCGCGGGGCCGGGCCGGUGCCGGCCGGAAGUGACGGGCGCUUCACCUGCUGGGCGGUGCGCGCGGGGCGGGGCGGCCGCCGGGAGUCGCGGAGAAGCAGGCGGUGGUGCCGCUCGAGCCGCGCUAUGGAACCGCCGCCGUUGGUGCUGCUGGUGGGGCUGGUGCUGCUCGCCGUCGCAGGUCUUACAAGAAGCCUGUCUAUAACUUCAGCUGAGUCAGCAUUUGAAAAAGCUCAAGGAGAGAGAGUUACAUUGCCGUGUACUUUUGUACUCUCAGACGAGGAUGUAGGCACACUAGAUAUUGAGUGGGUCUUGAUACCAGCAGAUAUUCAGAAGAAAGAAGAAACAAUAAUUCUGUAUUCUGGAGAUAGGAUUUAUAAUCAUUAUUAUCCUGCUCUGAGUGGGCGGUUGCAAUUUACUAGUUCUGAUCCCAAAUCUGGUGAUGGUUCAGUGGAUAUCUUGAAUUUAAAGUCAGCAGAUACUGGCACAUACCAGUGCAAAGUGAAGAAGGCUCCUGGAGUUGAAAGCCAAAAAAUACAGCUGAAUGUACUUGUAAAGCCAGCAAGCACUAAAUGCUCCAUUGAAGGAUCACAGGAGAUUGGAAAGGACAUUACAUUGAAGUGUGCAUCACAAGAAGGAACCCCACUUCUGUAUUAUGACUGGAGAAGAGUAGUAACUGGCACACAAGGACUUCCUGCAACUUCCGUGCUAAAUAAAAAUACAGGGGAGCUUCUUUUGAAAAAUGCCUCUAAGGACUAUUCUGGUACAUACAGUUGUGUUGCUUCAAACCGAGUUGGCACAGAUGAAUGUUCUGUUGAGCUGAAUGUCACCCCUCCUAUAAAUACAGCUGGUGUAAUUGCUGGAGCUAUUCUGGGAACUCUGUUGGGUCUUGCCUUAUUGGCUUUUCUUGUCUUCUGUUGCUGUAAGAAGCAUAGAGAGAAGAAAUAUGAGAAAGAAGUACAUCAUGAAAUCAGAGAAGAUGUUCUGCCUCCAAAAAGUCGCAGUUCAACAGCGCGCAGCUACAUAGGCAGCAAUCGUUCUUCUCUGGGUUCAAUGUCUCCCUCAAAUAUGGAAGGAUACUCCAAAACUCCAUAUAGCCAGGUUCCAAGUGAAGACUUUGAACGUGCUUCUGGUCAAAACCAAACCAUUGCAUCUUCAAAGGUAGCUGCACCUAAUUUAAGUAGAAUGGGAGCUGUCCCUGUGAUGAUUCCAGCACAAAGCAAAGAUGGGUCCAUAGUAUGAAAUAUUAAUUUAAGACCUGUUUUUUUUUUUUUUUUUUAAGUGUUUGUUGUAAGUAUUAGAGAGAACUACAGUAUUCCAACCCUCAUUUAAACAAUGGCAUGCAAUUUUCCUUGAAGAAAAUGUGUAGGUUUGAAAAGCCACCAAUUCUCAUUUUUAAUUUUAAACUUCUUAGUGUGUAACAGCUGAACUAUUGAAAGUGUGAAAAUUCCUAAAAUAUCAGGUUUGGAUUUCUGGUGGCUUACUGAAGAGACACUAUUAGCUGAUGUGCAGCUUUCAGAAUCUGAAAGAGCAACACAACUGAGAAGUAACUGUUUCAUAUGUAGACUGUGAAAUUCCUCAGUUCUUGAAGCUUUAUUCUCAAUCUUGGAGUAGCAGGACUAUUUUAAUUUGGCCACUGUCUGAUGAACUUUCAGUGGGGCUGAAAUACUGAGGAUGAAUUUGAAUUCUGCUCAAACUCAGAGGAUUUAUGCAGUUCUUUAAAUUGGUAAUGUUUGUCUGGAGUGUUUCCUGAGUUAGUAUCUCAGGGACUGCCAGUCAUUUGGAUGGUUCAGUUAAUUUAAUGAAUCUCUUCUGAGUUUAAAGUCACAGAGAGUAGAAAUGUGAAAGGAGAUUUUGCAAGCUCCUUGUAAUCAGAAUUUUACUACAAUAACUAAUUCUAGCAGUGUCAGAUAAUUAAUUUAUCCUAUGUAAACAAGUUUUAUCAGUUUGUUACUAGUGGUAUCUGAGUUCUCAAAUCUAUAGCUCAACUGUUACAUUGUCAGAGUGAACAUGCACCUCUGCAGGUCUUAAGUUAGCUGUAUCUCACGUUUUCCAAAGUCUGCCUUAGAUUCUAAGGCAGUGUUCUUUUCCUAAACCAAGUACCUAGAAGUUUCAUGGGGCUUUAUUAAAGCUAUUAAGUAACUGGUAUUUGAUAGUUGCUCUUGGUCUAACAUCACUUCAGAAAAAUCUUUUCCAGGUUCAGGUAAGCAAUAGGUAGUCUAAAGAGAAUGAUGCAUUUUAGUGUGAAUUUGCAAGGAAUUCACUUCCUCACUUCUUGUCUGUUCAAUAACCCUAAAUAUUCUUAAUAGAUGUUUAGAAUUCUCAUCAGCAAGAGCUUCAUACAACCAGAGUCUAAGAGAACAUAGUUACCCAGAGUUGUUGAUAGGAACGUGAUGUUUGAAGAGUUAAUUUAAAAAAAAAAAAAAAAAAAAGCCAUUGCAUUUUUGCAAACUUAAAACAUUACAGGAGAAAUAGAAUAAUUCCUGAUCUUAAUUGCACACCUACUUAAAGGUAAUUGAUAGUUUCUGAUGAGUGAUAUUGUAUAUCUGUAACAGCUAGAUUUAAAGUUAAAUGCUGUUUGAAUCUUUGUUUUUUUUAUUUUUACUUCCCGUUUACUAACCUCUUUCUCAUCUUGUGCUUGGGAGUGUAGGGAGGAAUCCCUUCAGCUUAUUCUAGGUAAAGAUGUUGAAUUGCCCGUUAGUUUGGAAAACUCUAAAUGAAUAUAGUAUGUGGCACAGAGGUUGAUGAAGAAAAUAUUUGAAGAGCCUGUUGAAAGGUAUAUAAUAGGAGUGUUUGUAUGUAGCAGCAGUGUGAGAUAAGAAUUCCUCAAACUUCUAGGCUUCGUGUUCUGCUUUCUUGUAGCUGGUUAAUUAGGUCUGUGAUAAGUUAUUUGACUUUCUAUUAAAUAAUUGUCUUUUGUGUAGUUAGAUGUACAAUUUUUGGUUGGCUCUGUUAAUGUAGAAAACAUACCCUUCAUACUGAAUUUAGAUACUUGAAUGGCUACUAAGUGUUCUAGACUUAACAAUUUUACACAUUUGGAACUUUUUUAGAUUGUAAACUUAUACUGUUAGAGAUUGGACUUUUUAUCUUUCAUGUGUGCCUUUUCAAUAAACUUUGCCUGAUUGUAUCUUCAGUUUUUAUGAAAUUUCUGGUGCCUAAAUUUACUGUUUGGACAGGUGCUUAGAUGAUGGUACAAUUUUUAAAACAUGACACUGUGAUCUGAUUUCUUGAUUCUUAUGUACUAUUUAUACCUCUUCUUGCCUGUUUUUUGGAUGUGAUUUCAGUGGCUCUCUGUAUUGUUCUGUAUUUCAAAAUGUGAGUUACUCCUUCAAUUGAUAAUUACGAUGUGUUUAUAUUCCUGAAAACUGUUCAGUUGUACUAAUUAGAUGGAUGAUUGACUCUCACUUGUGUGGUGAAUAAUAGGUUUAGAAACUGUGCCAAACACAUGCUUGUGAAGAACAAUAAAUGAGGAGACAUCUUCUUGCAUCCAAUUACUAUGAUAGAAGAGACUUUAGGAUAUUUUAAUCGUAAUCUGAUUGUUUAUCUUGAAACUAAGGCCUUUCCUAAAUGAAAGGGUGUGGUUAUUUGGAUCAUAAAUAAAAGCUGAGUACUAGAACUAGACCUGAGUCACAGACUGAGAAAUAGCUAGAGACCUAAGACCUUUGCAGGCAGCAAACCUACGGAACUUAGUUCUUAGCCAUCUAUGGACAUAUGUGAGAUUAGGUGUGGCUUUUUUCUUUUCUUUUUUUCUUUUUUCUUUUCUUUUUUUUUUUUUUUUUUUUUUUUGCCCUGUGAGUCCGUGCUUUCCAUCAGGUAAGCCCUGGGACACUCAAGAAUAGUUAUCUCACUCAAACAUACAGAUUGGAGUUUACACAUACUUUAAUGCUCUGUCAGAUUGCACAAAACAAUAAAUUGACAGAAUGAAAGGACAGCAUGAUAUGCCCUAAGAGCCUAGCUGUUGGGCUUAGUAGCCUUGGCAGUGUCUGUCUAUUUAUGUACUGGCAUGGAAAAUAAAAAGAAUGGAAUCUGACAUAGUCCGUAUCUGAAAUAAAGAACCUCUGACUUGGGGUAAGCUUUCCCUCAAGUUGCUCUCAUCAUGCCUUUUUAAAUGAAUAAAACACUACAGCAACAUAAUAGCACUAUUAUAAAUGAUUUCUUCAGUCAGUGGAUUCAUAAUUAUAAUUCAACACUGCAUUAUAAUUCUCAAAAGCAGUUACUGUAGUUCAGCAGCAAUUUUUAGCUGUGUAGGACACGAACUGAGGAAUCACGAGGUGUCCGAUACAGAUAAACCUGCUAACAGAACUUCUGUGGGAGGUAACGGCAGCUGAUAUACCAGUUAGAAGGUGGCAUUUGUACUGUCUCAUGUUAUUUAAAAAGAGGAAAAAAAAAAAAAGAGAGAAAUAGAGGAGGGAGGCUUGAUAUCAUUAUGUAAAUAGUCUGAAUGAGCUCAAGAAAUUACUAGAUAAUGCCAUGACUGUGAACUUGCUUGUUAAGGAUGACAGUGUAGAAGAAACCAUUGAAUUUUAGCAUGGUGUGAAUAGUGUUAGACUUGUAGUACUGUAGAGGUUAUGUAACAUUUGUCCAUACACUACGAGCCUUUUCAUAAACUUCUAAAAUGGAUAUUUAAAGAUAAUUAUGUGAAUCUUCCUUACCUAAAAAAGAAUACUUUUUUUUUUUUUUUUUUAACUAUGUAGUGCACAGAAAUGCCUUGUUGGAAGGGUAAAAGAUAACUUUUGGAGCAAAUGUACAGUGCAUACAUCGUUCUCUAAUAGUCACGUUUGUAUUAGAUGUAUGCUUCCUGCUUAAUAGUACAAAUAAGACUUGUUAAUUGCAAGCUGUCUCUGUAAUAAUGAAUAUUGUAUAUUACUGUUUUCCAGGAUAGCCUUUUGGUUUUGCUCUUAACUGUGUAUAUUCCAGAUCACUUUAGAUCGCUGUGGUAGUCUAAAGACACAAUACUAUUUGUAUCACUUGAACCUUGUUUUAUACACUUGAUAGGUGCUUUCUAGGGCCCUUUGGGUGUUGGUCCUCUGGUGUGCAACACAGCUCAAAUGAAAUUGGAGCAAUAACAUUUCCUGGAAUACAACAUGUUGCAACAUUGCUUUAUACUUCUCGUGCACAAAGCAUGAACUUGAAUAUUGAUAUGAAUUUCAGUAUAUGAGGUUUUAUAUUCACAUUUUUAGGGAAUGGUAUUAUACAAUGCAAGUACUGUGAGUGAAUCUGUAAAAACAAAUUCAAAAUUUUAAAAUGCUGUAGUUCCAUGACAGACUUGUGUACUUUUUGAAAUAAAACUGUUGGAGAAAA